AUGAAACAUGGAAUAAUUUUGUUCGUAUUCUUUGUCCUUUGUUGUGUUGUGUAUGGUCAAGAGGAAUCUUGUAUAAUAGCAAUCGACGGUGGUCGAGGACUAUGCAAGUCAAUCUUCAAGUGUCAAGCGUUACUGUCAGUGGUCAACAAAGCGUACAAAACGCAGCAGGACAAGAGUCUUCUGAAGAGAUCACAUUGCGGUAUUGAUGAUGAUGCACCAGCAGUAUGCUGUCCUCUACCAAGUAAGCCGCAACCAUGUAACACUCCGGAAGGCAAGCCUGGACAAUGCAUCAGUGUGUACUCCUGCCCGACAUUCGUAAACUUACUGAGGUCACCCAUAUCGAAAGAAAUAUUACAGUUUGUAGAGGAUUCAAAAUGCGACAGUGCAGACCGAUACAGUGUGUGCUGCGGUCCUGUACCAAGAUUCGAAGUUGUGAUGAAAGCAAAUUGUACUCUAACAGCUUUCCCACCUGAUCCCAAGACUGAAUGCUGUGGAGUGGAUAGCAGAUAUAACAUUAAAAUUGGUGUAUCGGCAGGUGAAGCAACAACAAUUUACCAAUACCCGUGGCUGGCGCUCAUACAAUAUGACAGAUUUAGUUUGCUGCAAUUCCAAUUUAGUGGAGUCCUUAUCAGUGGAAAAUACGUUCUGACUGCUGGAAGGGCAGUUGCUGAUGCCAAACGUAAAAGUGGUAUUCCUGUUAACAUUCGUCUUGGAGACUACAAAGUUAGUAACGAAGGCGCUGAUUGCACUGCAGUUGAAGGUGGCAGAGAGGAAUGCAGCGAUGGCGCGAUCACGAUACCAAUUGAAACAACGAUCCCACACCCGAAUUACAAUUCAAAAGACAGGUCAAACGAUAUAGCAUUGAUUAGGAUGAUCCAAAAUGCACCAUUUACUGACUUCAUCCGACCUAUUUGUCUGCCAAGUUCGGAUAUCACACAAAAGACUGAUGAUUUCACACUGACUACUGUCGGCUGGGGUACUUCUGGUUUAUGGCCAAUGAUAAGUGAUACAAAAUUCCAUGCCGACGUUCCUUACCUGACUCGGAAUCAAUGUCGAGAUUUAUAUUCCCAGCAGGCUUCUAAAGUAACACUAGGAACAGGCCACAUAUGUGUUGGAAAUGCUCCAAGUGAUGUUUCCUGCAAAGGCGACAAUGUGUUAAUGUAUAAAAACAAUAUGGUAUACGAAUGUGUCGGAAUCAACAGCUUUGGCGCUAUACCGUGCCAGCAUAUCGUACCUUUAGUGUACACCAACGUGUACGUAUACAUGUCUUGGAUAAGGGACACAAUUGCUCCCUAA